GGGUAAAUGAUAUUUUUUAAAACUAAUAAAUUAAAAAAAUCAUUAAUCAUGUUAGCGAUUAUAUUAUUCGCGUUGCUUUCAUCAUCAGUUUGGGCAAAUGAAAAUAUUUCUAGAAAUGCGGUGAAUAAUCGACGGUUUUACAUAGAUUAUAACCAAAACACAUUUAUAAUGGAUGACAAGCCAUUUAGAUAUAUUGCAGGAUCAUUAGAUUAUUUUCGUAUUCCUACUCCUUUUUGGGAAGAUCGUUUAUAUAAAUUGAAGGCAGCUGGAUUUAAUGCAUUAGAUACAUAUAUUGAAUGGUCCUUCCAUAAUCCUGAAGACGGAAAAUAUAUAUGGACCGAAGAUGCAGACUUGCAAGGCUUUCUUGAUAUUGCGAAAAAAAUUGGGCUUUACGUAAUUUUAAGACCAGGACCGUACAUUGGUGCAGGACGCGAUUUUGGAGGUCAUCCAUAUUGGCUAUUAUCGAAAUACUCCAGUGAUCUGGAAAAAGUAGAAAUUAAACCCAGAACAACAGAUCAAUACUACCUACAAGAAGUAAAUAUUUGGAUACGAGUAUUGUUCAGUAAAAUACGGCCAUAUUUAUAUGGUAACGACGGUCCAGUCAUCAUGGUGCAAAUUGAGAAUGAAUAUGGAGUUUACGAUUGUGACAAUAAGUAUAAAAAUUACAUGUUUGCUUUAUUUGACAAACUCGUAGAGAAUAAGGCAGUAUUAUUCACUACUGAUAGUUACUACGAAGACAGGCCAAUAUGUGGAAAAUUUGGGGAAGCAUAUUCCACUGUCAAUUUUGGACCAGAUGAUAAUAUAACAGAAGCUUGGAAAGCACAGCGCAGGGUUAAUCCUAAAGGCCCCCUGGUCAAUUCUGGAUUCCAAAUAGGGUCACCAAUGUAUUGGGGAGAAAAGAACGUAAAUAUACCACCAAAAAAGGUUGCCAAUAUUUUGAGAAAAAUUUUGAUAGUAAACGCCAGUGUCAGUUUGUAUAUGUUUGCAGGAGGUACCAAUUUUGAAUUUACUAAUGGAGCAAAUAUUGAAAAUGAAACUUAUUUACCAUAUACAACAUCGAAUGAUUAUGGUGCUCUAUUGGAUGAAGCUGGAGAUCCAACUCCAAAAUAUAACGCAAUUAGACAAGUAAUUAGUGAGUUUCAAUCAUCCACUGUUACUGAACUGAUAAUCCCUUCUCCAAAAGGUGACUAUGGGAUAAUUAAGGUGAAACCAGGAUUUUCGUUAUUCGACGAAAGAAAUGAUUUAAGGAAAUUUAUAUAUCAACACACACAAGCAUUUCCUUUCGAACAUCUAGGACAAAAAAGUGGAUUUGUGAUAUACGAUAAACUCCUAGAUGAGAAGAAAGAAGGUAUAUUUACAGCCCCUCAUUUAAGGGACAGAGCUUUAGUUUAUAUAAAUGAGAACUUUAUUGGAAUAUUAGACCGACGAAUAAGUAGAUUCUCAUUACAAAUAAAUGCUCCAAGAGGUGCCCAAUUGAAAAUCGUUGUGGAACAUCAAGGAAGAAUUAGUCAGGGAAAAAUAUCAGCAGAGUACAAAGGUUUAAACAGUCACGUUUUCUGGGGAGGCAAAGCUCUUUCUCUUUGGAACAUUAGUGGAAUUUCUUUAAAUCAAUCUCCCAGCAAAAGUAAUUAUGAUUUGGGAGUUGGCGAAAUUGCUAAAAGUGGCAAACUCAUAAACGGCCCCAUAAUAUAUGGAGCUGAAUUUGAAUUGCCCCUAGAUCCUAAUGACAUACCAAGAGAUACAUUUUUAGAUAUGUCUAAUUGGGGAAAGGAAUUCAUAGAUGUUUCUAAAAAUGGACGCAUAUUUGCGAUAGAUUAUGAAAACGAUUCAUUUUCUAUGGAUGGAAAACCUUUUAGACUUGUAGCCGGUUCUAUGGAUUAUUUCCGUGUUCCACAUCAAUAUUGGAGAAACCGUUUGCGGAAUCUAAGAGCAGCUGGUUUAAAUACUGUAACCACUUACGUAGAAUGGGCACAUCACAAUCCACAACCAGAUGUUUAUAAGUGGGAAGACGAUGCUAAUUUAGAAGAAUUUAUUCGACAAGCGGUCGAGGAAGAUCUUUAUGUAGUUUUAAAACCAGGACCUUAUAUUGGACAAGAUAGAGAUUUUGGAGGACAUCCAUGGUGGCUCCUAUCAAAAUAUUUCAAUGAAGACCCAGAAAAAAACAUCCAAUUGAGAAGUGCUGAUGAAAGAUAUAUCGGUGAAUCAAAAAAAUGGUUGAAUGUAUUAUUAACAAAAAUAAAACCUUAUCUAUAUGGAAAUGGUGGUCCUGUUAUAAUGGUCCAGGUAGAAAAUCAGAAUGGAGUAUACCCUUGCGAUGAAGAUUAUAAAAAUGCUUUAUUGCAAAUAUUUGAACCACAUGUUGAAGACAAGGCUGUGCUUUUUACCACAAAUUAUUGGAAUGGAGGUCAACCUGCUUGUGGAAAAAUACAAGGAGUUUAUAGCACGGUUUCCUUUGGACAUGGGAUAACAACGAAUCUCCCUUGGGGGGCACAACGUAAAGUUGAACCUCAUGGACCAUUGGUCAAUUCCGAGUACUACACAGGAGAUCGUACGAUUUGGGGCGGAAAAUUUCCAAAUGUUAGCACAGAAUUAAUCGUAUAUACAUUACGUAAAAUACUGGGUGAAAAAAAUACGAAUAUUAAUUUCUUCAUGUUUCAUGGAGGAACCAAUUUUGGAUUUACCAGUGGAGAGCAUUAUAAUCCACAAGUCACAUCUUACGACUACGAUGCACCGAUUUCUGAAGUUGGAGAUCCAACAUCAAAAUUUUUUGCCAUUCGCGAAACAUUGGCCGAGUUUUUAACGCUGCCGCAAUUACCCGAACCGCUAGAAGUACCUAAAAGUGAAUACGGGCGUCAAAUUUUGACUCCAGUUGUACCUGUACUUGGUAAAAAAAAUUCAUUGAAUCGAGGACCUAUUGGCACAGAAAAACCACCAACAUUUGAGGAAAAUUGGCAAAACUCAGGAUUCAUGUUAUAUUUUACUGUUCUGGGUGAGAAUAAAUCAGCAUCUUUGAAUGUACCAGAAUUAAGAGAUAGAGCUCAUGUUUAUUUAAAUAAGGAAUUUGUUGGAGUUUUAGAACGAAAUUUGAAUAAAACUACCAUUGAACUUAAUGCUACGUCAGGUUCCUUCUUAGAAUUUAUAGUAGAAAAUCAGGGACGAACGAAUUCUGAGUCUGCAGAAUAUAAGGGCCUAAACUGGCCAGUGACAUGGGGUAAAACUGAACUAAAAGGAUGGCUUCAUCUAGGAAUACCAUUGGAAAAUGGUUUGAAAGAAAUUAAAAAUAGAUCACCAGACUAUAAUUCUUAUGCAACUCGAGGAAAAUUAUUGAAUGGUCCUGUUGGAUACGAAAGUAAUUUCGAUAUAACUAAAGAUGAUGAUGGGCCAAUAUAUGACACUUUCCUGAAUAUGUCAGGAUGGGGAAAGGGUGUUGCAUUUAUAAACGGCCACAAUUUGGGACGCUACUGGCCAUCUAAGGGACCCCAAGUGACUUUAUAUGUACCUGGAGUUUACCUCAAACAGAUUGGAAAUCACUUAGAAAUUUUUGAACUUGAAUUAACACCAGAAGAUUUGGCUGUGACUUUUAUUAGUGAACCAAUUUUUAUAAACUAG